AUGUCGAGCGCUUCCCCCCACCAGCUCUUCCUCCUCGCCGACCACCUCAAGCUCUCCCUCCUCGAACGGCAACGCGCCGUCAGCUUCAACCUCGAAUCGCACAAGCAAGACAGCGACAUCUCCCGUUCCCUCACCAGCCUCCAAGAAGGAAUCGAACACCUCGAAUCACAAGAAGCAGAUCUCGGGCAAGCAGCAGACUCGAGCUCCGACCUCUCGCGACUACGGCGGCAGUAUGAAGAGCUAUACUCGCAGUUUCACGGUGCCGCACCUUCAUCACCGGAGAUACAACGCCCCAAUAACCCGAGCCUACAAUUAGACUUCGCCGCAGCGCAAUCAAGACCGACCCAACCUAGACGGAACAAGAGCGUCCGCUUCCGCGACGAUCCUUCUGCUGAAGAGCAAGAAGAUCCGGUAGACGUAGCGAACCGUGCCGCGCUCUUCUCCGACCAAGAACGCUAUCGGGACGAACCUUCGGGUCCCGACCAGUCUGAGCUCGGCAACCAGCAGAUACACGCAUACCAUAAACAGGUACUACGAGAUCAGGACGAGCAGCUUGACACACUUGGACAGUCAAUCGGGCGGCAGCGGGUGCUGGGGAUACAGAUGGGUAAUGAGUUGGAGGAGCAGAAUGAGUUACUGGAUGACGUCGAGAGCGGAGUCGAUAGGCAUCAGUCGACGCUCGAUCGGGCGCGGAAUAGGCUAGGGACAGUGGCGAGGAAGAGUAAGGACAAUUGGAGCUGGAUGACGAUCGGGAUACUGAUUGUCGUCCUUGUGCUGCUGAUUGUUGUGUUGAAUUAG